ACACAUUUAGCAUUGAUAAACUGAUCCUCAAGUUGACGCAACGCGUGAGUCAGUAGGACUUGCUCAAUGAGUCAAGACGAUACUUUUAUAACCUAGAAAUUACACAAGUAAACAAAAUGAGACUAACUUUGCUAUUAAUAGUGCUCUGUGCAUUUAUGUGUCAAGCUAAGGAUUUAACGGUUGGAACUAGAGUGAAUAACCUGCUUAUUAAUACAGAGAAACUCGUCGUCAAACCAAUUCUGUUUUUAAGGAGAGAGAAGACAUACAGUUAUGUUGAUCCAAAACAGAGAACUAUUAAGGGCAUCAUAGCUCGCGACCUCUCCCGGACGAAGGCCGAACCUACAAUCACUGCAGGAGGUGUGGGCGAGAAGCACGUUUCCAUACACUUCAAGAGCGAGCGGGGAGAGGGAAUAAAUUACCUGAUACUGAUAUUUAGUAAUAAUGUUUGAUAAUUAUAGUGAAGGGUGAAUAAAUAUCUACAGUUUUUGACAGCGUAAAGGUUUCAGAUGAUUUUGAGUUAAAUUAGUGUACUCUUUUGUUUAAUUUUAUAAUUACAAUAUUUUUAUCCCGCUUUGUACUAAUUAAAAAUCUUGGUUAAUAAUGAUUCAGGA